AUGGCUAACAGAGACGGUAAUGGUCGGGUUAUCCUCCACUUGGAUUAUGACUGUUUCUAUGCCGCCGUCUUCGAGGUCGACCAGCCGGCUUUGAAAUCACGUCCGCUGGCCGUCCAACAGAAACAAAUUAUCGUGACAUGUAACUAUGAAGCCCGGAGGAGGGGCUUGUACAAGUUGCAGCGUAUCCAGGAUGCCAGGCAAGUGUGUCCCGAUGCGGUUAUUGUCUUGGGGGAGGACCUCACCCAGUUCCGGGAUGUGUCCAAAGAGCUUUUCCUGUAUUUGCGGAGCUUAAUUUGGGGUGACCGUGUUGAAAGAUUGGGAUUUGAUGAGUUAUUUCUUGACGUGACUGACAUGAUUGACUACAACAUCGACUUAUUGAACACCAACAACUUGGAACACUCGUUUUUCCAUCUCGACCGUCAGGAUCCUACUGUCGGUUUCAUCUACAACGCCACCGAGUUCUACGGUCCUACCUGGCCCCCGGUUGAUCAGCAACCAACCAAUUCGCCAGAAACACGAGGAUACUUUCUGGCCCCCAAAUCAGAUCUACUGUGCAUGCGGCUCUUAGUAGCUUCGCAUUUAGCUGGCUAUCUGCGACAACAGCUGGAGUCUCACAAGGGCUACACAGCCACAGUAGGCAUCUCCACAAACAAACUAUUGGCAAAGCUGGCAGGCAAAGUCCAUAAGCCCAAGAGUCAGACCACGCUUCUGCCACCCUAUGGAGUCGAUGAGGGACCAGAUGUCACCAUUGAUAGUAAUGUCAUCCGCUUUAUGAACGGUCAUGAGAUCCGAAAGAUCCCGGGGAUAGGCUCCAAAAUUGCGCAUAAACUCCAUGACCACAUGUCUCGCUCGAUGGAUAACCCCCUUACCGUGCGCGAGCUUCGUCUGUUGCCUGGAAUGGGUCCCGGGUUGCUCAACCGCAUUGUGGGGGGUCCUGGGUAUUCUAAGGGAAUGGGUGCACGGGUUUGGGGGCUGAUUCAUGGUAUCGAUAAUUCCGAAGUCCUGGAAGCCAGAGAUGUUCCGACGCAAAUAAGCAUUGAAGACUCUUACGGCCGGCUGGACCGUUUCGAAAUUGUGAAGAAUGAGCUGGUGAAGCUAACGGUCAGCUUGCUUCGUCGGAUGCGCAUUGAUUUGACCGAGGAGGACUCGGCCGGAGGUGCCAUCCGAUGGCGUGCCCAUCCGCGAACCCUGCGUCUGACUAGCCGACCCCGUCGCCCUUCCAACCCGGACAACCCUUAUCACAAUCGCAUGUCUCGUUCUGUGGCACUGCCCCAGUAUGUCUUCAACAUGGGCGAUCGGGUUGAGGCUGUAGCCGAGAGGCUAGUGCAGGAGCAUGUUUUGGCCCUAUUUCGGCGUCUUCACCCGGAGAAGUCUGGGUGGAAUCUGAGUUUACUAAAUAUCGCCGUGACUAACAUGGUUGAUAUUGCGGGGGACAAAAAGCAGAACAGUGGGAGAGAUAUCGGGUCUAUGUUUCAGAAACAGGGAUCAGUGCGUAUUCCUGCUGAGGAUGUGACUAUCCAUGCAGAUGAGCCUACAUGGGAAGAGAGCGACGAGGACGAAGCCAUGCCGAGCGUGCCAUGCAGGGUUUGUGGCGAGAUGAUUCCUUGUUUGGCUGUGGAGGCCCAUGAAGUGUAUCACCAAGCGCCGGAUUAG